UUUAUUUAUAUAUAUCUUUCCAGUUGCAUGAAAGCCAAUAUCCUUUAUAUUUGCAAUCUUAUUUGUGAACAAUGAGUGGCGUCCCCACUAUGCGUAUUUCAACGAUUACUAUCGAGGAUUGCUUGGGCUGCAAGAAGGAGCACAUCAAAUUCCCAGCAAAUGAUAAUGUGCACCUACUGCUCUAUAAGGCAGGCAAUCAGAUAAGAAGCGGUUCCUUGUCAACGAUGGCAAUUACGCCAGUUGUUCAAGCUUUUAAGCUAAUGUGCUCCAAGGAAUAUGCAACAACAGCAAGCUUGCAAAACUUGCCCCAGCUGCAAGUUGGCAAGGGCUGUGUAAAAAUGACAUUAAGUCUAUCGCAUUCAAAUCAUUCAGAUGUUUAUUUGGAGGAUUUGGACAUGGGACCGAGCACUUCCCGGCAGGCAUUUGAGCGUCAGCAGUUGCGACUUGAGCUAGAGAAUCUAAAAAAUUCAUUUGAACGCUAUGAGGUGUCCGUGGUUCGGCGUUUUGAUGAUGUUCGCACUCUUGAUCGAGUUAUGAUUCAGAUAAACUCAGGAGUUUGGGCAGAACAAACUAUUAUUGAGUUUUGUGAUUUCUUCUUUGUUCAACCGCAGGAUUUACCAAAAGUGUUGGUCGAUGCCUAUAAGAUGAAUCCAACGAACUGGAUGAAAAUAAUACGAGGAGAUACAGACUCUUAUAGUCACUUCAGCGAGAAGGGCAAUCCUUUUGAGACCUUUGCCAAACUAUUUCAUCAUGAAGACUACGAGAGAAACGAGCUUUUGGAACAGCCCGCCUCCACCUGCCUGUUUAACAGGGAGGCAAUUCGACUAAGUGAGCGCCGCUUUCUGCUGACAGUUUUCGAUGAUGUUCGUAAAGUAUUUGAAUACAUCACAUGUGACGAGUAUUCUCUAUACUUCUUUGUGCCCCGUUUGAAUUGCUACACUCCGUUGCAUGGUGUGAAUGUGAAUGACUUUGACUUGAGCAACGUGCGUACAAUCAUAAAAUUGACAGGCGACGCUAGCGCAUUGUAUUGGGAUCAUACUGAUCAAAACAUUAUGGACAUACUUCACGUGUCCUUUCAACUUGUGCUGGCCACGUUGGGUACUAAGACGGUGAUAUUCCUUACUCACCUGGAGAAAGUAAGCAAAAUAUCCGCUGCCAACUUCAUGAACAAAAUGAAUGUGGAUAAUGAAUAUUCCACCCAAUGGGUUUGCCAACGAUAUUUACACCGCAUUAUUGAAGUCGCACAGAAAUUGAACAUCAUUGUCUUCAUUGAGUUCCCAUUUGGUUUAACGCUGCUACCGGAGCCCCGGAAUGUGAUCAAAUGUGUUGAGCAUUACGAUACAAACACUAAGUCCGUCUUCUGGAAUCUCUCCGUGCAUGUUCCCAAAAAUACUGAGAGGCAAAUCCGUAAUUUUAGUGAGCUUAUGGGAUUUAACUGAUCACAUUGCUUGAAUUGAAUCACGUUUGAAAUUGAAUAUUUGAAGUUGAAAAUUUUCAUUUUAUACCUAAUCGGAUAUCCGAAUUAUUAAAAAAAAUUACAUUCGAU